UCUAACUUGUUGAAAUUCACUUUAUAUUAGAAGGAAAUUGUAAGAGACAGGUUUCAUUUAAUUCCAGUUCCUAAGAGAUGGUUAAGAUAACUAUAGUUGGAAGGGCAAGGGAUGGGUUACCCCUAGCACAAAGAGUGAGAUAUAUGAAUGAAGAGAAUUGCUAUGUUUCAUGUUACAGGCAACAAGCUGAAUUCAUUCUCCAAGAAAUUUCAAGAGGGGCUUUCAUGGCUUCCAAGUUCACAAUUCCAGUAGAUCAUUGCUCCUUCAAUUGCUUGGUGGAGAAUGGAGUUGUUUUCAUUGUGUUAUGUGACUCUUCAUACCCAAGAAAACUGGCUUUCCAUUACCUACAAGAUCUACAAAAGGAGUUUGACAAGUUUAAUAAAACUCUCAUAGACAAUAUCACAAGGCCAUACACCUUUGUCGAAUUCGAUGGUAUAAUUGCUAACUUUAGCAGACAAUAUAUUGACACAAGAACUCAGGCCAACCUAUCAAAACUUAAUGCUAACAGGAAACAAGAUUUAGAUAUUAUUACUGAAGACAUGUCCAAUAUCUUAGAAAGGAGGAGAAAUUCAGAAACAUUGGAAAGAUCACAAGUCACUCCUCAACCCGCAUCUUCAAUAUGGUGUUCACCAUGCUUAGAGGUAAUUGCACUGAAAUGGGUACCUAUAAUGAUCACUGUUAUCACUUCAAUGACCAUUCUAUGGGCUAUUUUAGUCCUCACAGACGACUAUAUUGUUACAAGUUGGUGACAAGUCUCCUCGGAUC